AUGCUCUCGAGUCUCCAGAACCCGCGGCAAGCUGCUGCGCAGCUCCUCAACUUCGCCCUCAUCCUGUCCACGGCAUUCAUGAUGUGGAAGGGUCUGUCUGUUAUCACCGACUCGCCGUCCCCCAUCGUCGUCGUUCUCUCAGGAUCCAUGGAACCUGCCUUUCAGCGUGGGGAUCUCCUCUUCCUGUGGAAUCGAAACUUCCUUCGCGAAACAGAAGUGGGCGAGGUCGUGGUGUAUAAUGUCAAGGACAAGGACAUUCCUAUUGUCCAUCGGGUAGUAAGGAAAUUUGGUGCUGGAGACGAUGCGAAGCUGUUGACCAAGGGAGACAAUAAUUCCGCAGAUGAUACCGAGCUGUAUGCGAGGGGGCAGGACUAUCUCGAGCGAAAGGACAUCAUCGGGAGCGUGGUCGGCUAUAUCCCCUUUGUCGGCUACGUCACUAUCAUGUUGUCGGAGCAUCCAUGGCUCAAGACCGUCAUGUUGGGGUUGAUGGGCCUGAUGGUUAUGCUACAAAGAGAAUGA